AUGACCAGAAGUUCCGUGCUCGUCGUGCUGUUCGUCCUCUUCCUCUCUCUCCCUCUUUCUUUCUCUCUCCUUGCCCAGCCGUCAGGCUCCAAGCUGGCCUUCGCUCCUCGACUGGGACACAAAGGAAGGGAGGGCGGGGAUAGAAAUUUCUUCGCUCGCUUCCUGCGCAGGAGGACGGGACUUUCCAUGUCCAACCUUGACGCCUCCGCGUCAGGGAGCGGCGGAAAGUCUCCCAGGGAGGGCGAAGGCUCUUCGAUGCUGCAGCGAGUGCCAUGGGGAGUGGUGUACGGGGUUGGGUUCGGGGCCCUUACGGCCUCAAGGAUCUCGCACGAGGCGCACCUGCAAGGGUUCUACAUCAACAGCGUCGGACUCGCUCCGAGCGCCAUCGGGGCAGGAUGGUCGCUCUUCUGCCUGCUGGUGGCGUUUGCAGAGCCUGUGAUCGGGGUCAUGCUCGAUCGGCUGAGGUCUAGGGGGGUUAGUCCUCCUACUGUCCUCAGGCUCCUCCUGCUGCCCUGGCUUGCCUUCGUGUUCUUGAUCUGGACGCCGUCCAGCGCUGCUGCCCCCUGGACUGUUUUCCUCACCGUCAUUGUGUUUGGGCUCCUUCAGGCCACCAUGAACUUGGGCCUUCUCUCGGUCUACCCGACGAUUUUCCCCACCAAGGAGGCGCGAGCAAAAGCGUUGGUCCCCCAGCAGGCCAUGACCAUCGUCGGUCUCCUUGUGGGCAUGACAACACCAGCAAUCCUCUCGGACGACUGGCAGCAGCCUCACGCCUUCAGCUCAAGAUUCGUCCUGGGACUCGCAGCUGCCACGAUGUUCUCGUUUGUCUUGAUGCAGAUUCCGCACGCGAAGGACUCGAAGCCUGUGGGGAAGGAGGAGGAAAAGAAAGUCAGGGGAAGCUCUACCCUCCAGUUCCUCUCCAUCUUCUCGAACCGGUUUUUCCGGCUCAUUCUCGCAACAAUUUUCAUGUCGCAGAUAGGAAACGCGCUGCUUGCCUCAACCCUUCCGCUCUUUGCCAAGGAUCACUCGAUCUUGUUCAUGCUGAAGCUGCUGACGAUGACGGUGGACGAGAUCCAUGCAGGGAUGAAGCAGAUGGAGAAGCAGCAGGCGGAGGUAGAGGGGGUGGGGGAGAAGGUAGAGAGGAUGUGCAAGGAGCUAGGGGAUAGGAUGGAAGCGAUGUUCAAGGAUGGUGGCAAUCAGAAAGGUGAAGCAAAAGUGAAGGUUGAGCGGAAGGGACCAGGGGACGGAAGGAAAGUGAAGGAAGAAGUGGCUGAUGACGUGUCACCAGCCAAGUCUGAGGACAAGAAGAAGGCGAAGCAGAUGUUGGAAGAGCCCGUGGCUGUGAUGGACGACUGGUCUCGCAUGUUGAGAAGCGCGUCGUCAAACCCUCCGAUGGAUCCUCUCAUGCUGCUGGGGCCUCUGCUGGGAUCAUCCCAAGAAGCGGCUCACUCAACGACAUGA